UCUUAAACGAAUACAAAUGGGUGUGCUUUUGAAGUAAUAAAGUAUAUUCAACAACAAUGGCAAUAUCAUUUUUGCUAUAGGUACCUCAUACUUACCUCAUUUCCUACCCCAUAUAUAUCCCAUUUUUUACCAUCCUUUUUACCCCUUUCCAAAAAUACCUUUCUCUCACCUCUACCACAUCUCCCCACCCACUCCUCAACUUUCCGCCAAAACCCCCUCCUCCUUCGAAAUUGCUACUGUGCUCAACCACUCCUCUCACCUUCUUCUUUCUUUCAUCUUCUUGGAUGGAUAUCAUGGGGAAGGAAGUAUCCGAGUUUAGUGGUGAGGUUCUUAUGGAUGGCUUGACAUAGGGAGAUGAAGGUGACAAGCUUGAUGGUGUGGGUGAUGGUGGAAAUCCGCCAUCUCCGGUCACGGUUGAAGUAGCGACGACUUCAAGGGAAGAAGAUGAUGAAGGUGUGAACGUUGAAGUCUUGGAGAAGGGUAUGUUGUUUUUCUUCAUUUGUUUGUAUUUUGUUUGGCGGACAGACAAUUUGGAACUGCAGUGUCUGUCUAGCCUAAAGUUUGGCAUUACAAGGCUUUAAAACAUGGAGAAUGUCUACAGGUCUUGAAAAUGUCGUAAUUGUCUGUGAUAUACACAAGCAGUCUUUUUGGAUUUGGCUCUCCUACCUGUCUCUCCCCUCUCAUUUUCGCGGUGAGUCCAAGGCAGUCUUUUUUUGACUGAUUCAACCCAUAGAACCAAUUUUCCAUGAACGCGGCUUCUUAUAUUAGCUCUCCAAUUCCAGCAUUCCGUCAAGAAUAUUUUGAGGUUGAUUUAUGAUGUUGGAGGCUGGCAUACUAGUUGGUAGUGAUACUGAAUGAGUGAAUGUCCCAACCAACCAACGAUUUGAGCGUAAUGCUGAAUCACAGACCUGCCAUCAUGUUUCUAUCAAUCUUGGUCUAUUUUCUAUUGAGCAGCAGUCUUUGCCAUUGUCUUCAGAGUGAUAUUGAUUGCCUAAAAUCAAUAAAGUCCACUUUGGAAGAUCCAAAAGGCAACUUGGCUGAUUGGGAUUUUAGUAACUACACUGAAGGAUUCAUAUGUAGAUUUCAAGGGAUUAACUGCUGGCAUGCUGGAGAAAGCAAGGUUCUCGAUAUCAACCUUCGUGAUAUGGGACUCAAGGGAACGUUUCCAGUUGGUCUGAAGGAUUGCAAAGCUUUGACAGGCUUGGAUCUUUCAAGCAAUCAAAUCAGUGGGCCUAUUCCAUCAAACAUCUCCAAAAUUCUUGAUUUUGUGACCAACAUUGAUCUCUCAUUCAACCAAUUAUCAGGACAGAUACCUGAAGACCUUGCAAGAUGCUCCUUCCUGCAUGCUAUUAAGCUAAACAACAACCAGUUUUCUGGUCGAAUACCUCCCGAACUCGGUCUGCUCGAUCGGGUGAUGACAUUUAGUGUGGCAAAUAACAGUCUGAUCGGACCUGUCCCGAGCUUUCGAAACGAACCCACACUUAGCUAUGACAAUAAUGCAGGACUAUGUGGUGCCCCAUCUCUGCCUCAGUGCAAGGGUGAGGGUGUGUCAAAGAUAGCAAAGUCCGGAUUCAUUGCUGGCGCGGCUGCUGGUGUAAUUAUAUCCUUCGCCAUAGCCAUGUACUGUUGUUUCCCUAGGAAAAGAAAGAAGAUCCCAAUGGUAAUAGUUGGGCAAGGACAGACCUAGGGGGCUUGAAGUUUAGUAUUAGUAGUUGUGAUAAAUAAUAUACUUUGUAGCUAUUAGAUAAGUUAAUAAUUUUGUCAAAGAUGUUGCAGAUGUAAUUGUUACUCUAUAUAAGACAUUUAAAUGACUGCACAUUUAUGAAGCGGAUCGAUUUCAUGAACUUAGACAUGUUGCUGACUCUUACGAUACAAGUUUAGGAUAAUAUCCAUUGGGUAGUUGAUGAUAAAAGUAUUGUGAUUGACGAAUAUAUUGUCACAUUUCUUAAAAUAAAAGAUCGAGAUACUUCUGA